CAAGACAAUAAAAUUCGGUAGCCAUGUCUAAUAUAAUUUAAAGCGAUCUCAUGAGGGCUUACACCCGGCGCAGAGCCAUGUGGCGUGUUUAGCUAGCCUGGACGACCGUUAACCCACUCAUAUGCACAAGGAAGCAACCAACGUGUUCAGAGAUUCGCUAAAAUUACGCCAAAAACUCCUACAAAGGACGACGACAUAUUUUAAAGUCGUCGAAUUCGUCAAAAAAGACGCGAUCCGAUACUUCACGUACGAUUACGAGAUAAUAAACUUAGAAAAUAAUAUUAUGAACAUAUUUAUAGGCAACGAUUACCAUUCCAAGAACCUUGUCAAAUUGAAAACAACCAUUUGAUUGUACGGAUUUGACCGUUGUCAUAUAAUAAUCGGUUCAAUGGACAAUAAUAUCCAUUAAUUAGAAUAAGUUAUAAUACUAGAUAAAUCUAUCAUUUUUAUUUCGAAAAUAAUAGCAAUUUAUUGUUUAAAAGACAUAACCUCAAAAGAACUAAACGUCAAUUGAACAAGAUGGCGGCCAAAGCUGAGCCAAUUGGACCGCGGAAUGGACAUGAGUUGGCGCCACUAAAUACACGCGCGGACGGCAGCGAGCGGCCCCAUGGGGUGACCAUCGUGCUGCAGGGUUCCAGGGGCUCCCUGCAACGCGAGGCACCAGGCGAGGACCGCGCCGCGUGGUCAGGAAAACUACAGUUCUUCCUGUCUAUCAUCGGUUACUCUGUCGGCUUGGGAAAUAUCUGGCGGUUCCCGUACUUAUGUCAACAAAAUGGCGGAGGGGCAUUUCUCAUCCCGUUCCUGAUCAUGCUGGUGCUAGAGGGGAUCCCGCUCUUCUUGAUAGAGAUGGCUAUCGGUCAGAAGAUGCGCCUAGGGUCCCUUGGUGUGUGGAACACGAUCCACCCCUGGCUGGGCGGCAUUGGUAUCUCUAGCUGCAUUGUUACUCUCUUCGUCGCUCUCUACUACAAUGUCAUCAUCACUUGGGUCUUCUUCUAUCUGUUUAAUAGUAUUCGGUUAUCAGCCGACCAGCUGCCUUGGGCACAUUGUCCUCAAGACAACAGUUCAGCGGAGAUCGAAUGCAGCAAAGCAUCCGCCACAGUAUACUACUGGUACCGAGAGGCACUCGACGCGUCGCCCAGCAUCGAAGACCCCGGCGUGCCUCGCUGGUGGAUCGUGCUGUAUCUCUUGUUAGCCUGGAUCAUCGUCUUCUUUAUUGUCAUGAAGGGUAUACAGAGCAGUGGGAAAGUGGUGUACUUCACUUCGUUAUUCCCUUACGCCGUGUUAACCAUCUUCUUUAUCCGUGGUAUUACUCUGCCGGGUUCUGCCGACGGAAUCAUACACAUGUAUAAACCUAAGCUCGGGAAGCUCCUAGAUCCAACAGUAUGGCUGGAUGCAGCAACUCAAGUGUUCUACUCAUUCGGGCUUGCGUUCGGUUCCCUCAUCGCCUUCGGUUCCUACAACCCGCCCAACAACAACUGUGUGAGAGACGUCCUCCUCGUUUCCGUGUGUAACGCUCUCACUGCGAUCUACGCCUCUGUAGUCAUCUUCAGCAUCCUCGGCUUCAAAGCUUACACUAUGGUCGAGAAGUGUAUGACCAAAGAAAUCAAAGUGUUGGCAAUGCACCAGAUCGGUGGCUUCACUUUGAACUCUACUUUCGACUACUACAAGGAGGAGUUCCCAACUUUGAACAACACCGUUGUCUCCGCAUUCAAUCUCACCGGCUGCACCAUGAGUAGGCAACUUGAAGAGGCGGCUGAAGGAACUGGGUUAGCUUUCAUCGUGUUCACUCAAGCCAUCCUCAAACUGACCCCAGCUCCGUUCUGGUCGAUCAUCUUCUUCUUGAUGCUGCUGUCACUGGGCUUGGGCAGCCAGAUCGGUAUCAUGGAGGGCAUGCUGUGCACCAUCUUCGAUAUCGAUUUCUUCAAACGGAUGAGCAAACCUGUUAUUACUGGUGCUGUGUGUACUUUCUGUUUCCUCGUGGGGCUGAUCUUCACGACGGGCGCGGGCGAGUACUGGCUGAAGAUGUUCGAUUCUUUCGCCGGCACCAUCGGUCUUGUUGUGGUGGCGUUGCUCGAAAUGAUUGCUGUCGUAUACAUUUAUGGUCACGAGAAGUUCACUAAUGACAUCUACGAGAUGACUGGCUACCGUCCCGGCUGGUACUGGCAAGUGACCUGGCGCUAUGUGGGACCCUUCAUCGUGACCUGCAUUCUACUGUCUUCUUUAGUCUUCAUGCUCAUCAUACCUCCUACAUACGGAGCUUGGAAUGCCGCUGAGGGUCGCGUUGAGAAGACACCAUAUCCCAACUGGGUGCUCGGUAUCGCAGCCGCCAUGAUCCUCGCUGGAGUGCUGCCCAUUCCAGUGGUACUUAUACUGCGUCGCUUCCAGUGUCUUGCGCUCGACGUUGACAUCCAUCAGGGCUCCAUCCGCAGGAUUGAAACCACUGUAUCCACUAAGGAGAUGAUGAGUGAUCAGGAUUCUUCAGAUUCGGAGCCUGGCGAAGUGAACACGGGCGAUCACUUCGACGACUCAAGCAGUAGUGACGAAGAGAUUCUAAACACAAAACCAACGGCAACCGGAAUACGUCUCGCCAUGAAACCUAUCGGUCACAAGCCCACAACAUUCAAAAUGGACGUCGUCGACGAUUGACCGUUUUAAAAUAUCGCUAUUAGAUAUUGUUCUUAGAUUACUGGUGAUAUCUUUACGGAUAUACAGUAAUGCUUUAAUAUAAGGUAGUUUUAAUGAUUAACAAUUCUUUAGGCCGUGAUUACAUUUCGAUGAAAAGCAAGUGAUCAUUUUUAAUAGUAAUUUCUUCUCUGGUUUAUACCUAACAGUAUUAUAUAUAGAUUAUAAAUAACAUACAAGUAAAUAACUUAAACGGACUAUAAAUUCAUUAAAAUGAUUUAUAUUUCACUCUUGAACUAAAGGAUUUGUCUCGACAUCUGACAAAAGAAAGACGAAAAAAUUCAUUACGAUUGUUACAAUUGAAAAUCUUAUUUAGCAAAAUAUAACAAAUUAUGAAUUAUCGUCAUAACACACGAUGUAAUUUUAAAGUUAUUUUCGUAAACGUAAAAAAAUAAAAAAAAAUUAAUAGUAUACGCAUUGUUAAGGUAAAAAGCAUUUACCCAGAUGACUAUUAGAGAAAAAACAAAAAAUGUAAAAUUACGAAACAAAAAUAAAAACAUCUAAAAAGAAAUGUAGGGUGAAAUAUUAGUAUAAAAAAUCUGGGACUAGACCUAACGUACUUAAGGACUUCAGAAAUACCCAAAAUGUUAGUUUUAACUGCAAGGACAAAUACUUCAUGAUGCUUUAGACCUUUAUAUUAAAAUUGCCAGAUCAUUAAUUUAAAAUAUGUACAUUCCCUACCUGUUUCUACUCUGGCUUAAGUCAGGUGAGCAACAUUUUAAGAACCUAUCUAUAUCCUUUUUUUGUACCACAAUUCUGUUAACGAAAAUUUCAUCCUGUGGAUAUGUAAUAUUAGGGAAUGGAUAUUAUUAUCCUAAUUAGAUCGUUGCAUAUCGGAAUUGUUACAGGCAACACUGUCGCAGCUCACUAGCGCCAGCUAGUAAGAUAUAGUGCGACAAUUUUAUCUGACCAGGUGAUGUUACUACUUCUAUCUGGCUCAUCAAAACCAGACACCCAAUACAAGUCAAGCUGUACAGUACAAUAAUGCCCACAAGGACAUUGGUUUCAAGGCUGCCCUCACUCAUGUAGAGCAUCAAAAAAUGUAAAACAGGAAUAAAACCACUUGAAAUAGGACAAUAUUAAUAGCUGCUCCCCCUCUUAGAUCUUGCCCUCGUCUAGCGAUGCCCAUGUACAGUACACUUUUUAGUAAUUGACAAUACUACUAACCUAUUACAAUUUACUUUGACUCACCGGGUCAGAUAAAUUUGUCUAUCAACGUUGUUCGAUAUUGUUAGCGUUACGGUAUAGGUUAGGACAGUUUAGAAAGACAAAGCUAGUCACUUAUUAAUUAUAGGUUAGUUUAAGCGGUAAUUCAAAAGCGAUGUAAUGUGACUUAAAACUUAGCAAAAAUGUCGAAUACGAGUUUUGAACAACCAAUAAUUGCGAUGUUAAUUCGACAUAGCUGAACAUCAUUAAAAACAUUUUUUUUUAAUUCAAAUAUUAUUUUUGGAAAAGUUCUCUUAUCUUUGAAAACUUUUUAAUCCUUGUUUAAAUAGGUGAGUGUAACACCAACUCUAAACUAACCUUUUUUUUUUUUUUAAGUGGGGAAAUGCGUUACCGCAUACCACCGCGCCCUAAGAGGGGAAAGGCGCGGAGGUUAUGUUGGGCUCUCUCCCGAUAAACGGGUGCCUACCAACUAAAACCCCACUGUCUCCUAAAAACCUAAAAAAAUAUGUUUGAAACUAGCAAAUUUAACAAAGAUUAUAAAAUUUUUGAUGGUGUUUACCAUGCGUUGAACGCACACUUUUCUUAGACAUUAUUCCUUUGAGUGAAAACUGCUUUAGACUUAAAGUCUUAAAUAAAAAGGUUGUUAACUAUAAACAGAUUUGAACAGAUAAUAAACUGUAAAAGCGGGUUUCCAUAGUCAACACUUUCAGAAGAAGGAAAAUAUUGUCUAUUACACGCUUACAACUUUGGCAUGUUUCAACAAUGGAAACCCACAAUAUCACAAAAUAUCGUUUUUAAUAUGUCCAGAUAAUUUCAGUCUUUAAAUAUUUCAAAUAGAACUAAACGGAACAUUUCUAUUAUGUAUUUGUUAAAAAAAAACGGAGUGAAGUAGAACAGGGUGUGGUUAUAAUCCUACAUAAAGCUAUUUUAAUGUUCAUAUAAUAUUUAUUUCUAAUCUAUAUUAAAAGUAAAUAUUAUUGUACAUAAUGUACAGGAAUUAUGAGUAUGUAUGUGACAUCAGUACUAUGACAAAUGUUAUGCGUCUCUUCCAUGUCUAACGAUGACGGAAAAAUUAUAAAUAAAACUUAAAGGUUGAAACUUAAAUUCAAAAAUGUACUUAAACCUUAGGACUGGUACCUUAGGUAAAAAUGUUGCCAAUUGAGAAAAAAAUUCCCCAGAGAUAGAGCAAAAGCUGUGUAGAGUACCGGUGCAUUCCAUUGGAGAUCCUGGAACCCCCAAAUCACACUCGUGGUCGACCACCGAGGGGGAUUUUAGUGACUAAUAAUCUCACAUUUUUCACCCCUGUUUUUUUUUAUAUAAA